UCUGCCUGAGACUGAGAACAACCAAUAGAGCCUGAACCGGUGCCUCAUUUCUCUCGCCGCUUCUCCUCCGCUGUGUCCCAAUGUCGAAACCAAACCCUAAUUCCCUUUACAAUUCUCGCGUCACUCAAAACCAACUCAUCGACUCACUCACCUCCCACAUCUCCCUCUACAAUUCCCACUCCCACUCCUCUUCCUCUAGCCCUAACCCUAACCCUAGGUCCUCCAUCCUCAAGUGGCUCGCCUCCCUCCCCCUCCACCACCGCCAGUCCCACCUCACCGCCGUCGACUCCAGCUUCGUCCGCCUCCUCCUCCAAAUGCUCCGCAAGCUCCGCUCCCACGGCCACGGCUCCUUCAUCAUCCUCCCCGACCUCCCCUCCGGCGACCUCCCCUCCCUCUGCUUCCGAUCCUCCGCCGGACUGCUGUCCAGGAUCGCCGAGUCGGACGAAUCGGAGAGGACGAUCGCCGAGUCGACUCGGCUGUUCUCGUCGCGGGAGGGAGAGAAGGUGGAGGAGUGUUCGUGCUCGGCGAGGGAGAUCGAUACGGUGACGGUGAGUGAGGAUUUGGUUAGGGAUUUGGAUAGGUUUGUGGAGGUUAUGGAUGAGAUAUCGAAUGGUGGAUUCUUGAGAGGGGAGGAGAGUGAUUUGGGGUUGGAUUGGGUGGAGUUGAAGUGGCUGAAGGAGAAAGGCUACUACAGUAUGGAAGCUUUCGUGGCGAAUCGGCUGGAGGUUGCUUUGAGGCUUGCGUGGCUGAAUUCGAGUAAUGUGAGGAGGAGAGGGGUGAAGUUGAAGGAGAAGAUCAGCGCGGCGGGGGUGGCGGCCAAUGUGUAUUGGAGGAAGAAGAGGUGUGUGGACUGGUGGUGGAAUUUGGACGCCGAGACAAGGAGCAAUGUGGUGGCUUCUGUGUUGGGGAAGGCUGCGAAACCGUUGAUUCAUGAGAUUCUGAAGGGGACAAGUAGUGGGGUAGAGGAUGAAAUGUGGCUCGUCAACACAGGAAUGGAGAAACCUUUGAGGUACAACCAUAUUGUAUCUAUGCGCAAGACUGUUCCAAAACUUGUGGCUGACACAGAAUUUGGGUCAAGCAUUAUCCCAGUGUCUCUUUCUGGGAAACCUGCUUCCUUAGCCGACGCUUUUAAUAAUCUCGUUGUGCUUCAGGAUAUUAUAAAGAUGAUAUCAUUAUGUCGCGAUAAUGAAUAUGAUAAAGGGAAAUUCUUCUAUAGCACAUUGAGUUCAAUUUCUACCAUUUCUGAUUUUAUACUAAGAAAAUUACGAGGAUUUCUCAUGGUUCUUUUGCUUGACUGCACUAAACUUGAACUUUUAGCAGAGGGGAAUGAAAAAUGCUUAUCUAAGAAAUCCAAAGCAAAGCCUAAUGCUUCUAACCGUAAAAGUAAAGGGAAGGCCUGCAAUUUGAAUAGGCCAAAUCCUGUUCCAAUGUCAUGUACAGACGAUGUUCUAUGUGAAACGUCAGCCAAGGAUCUUAGUGUGUUGGCUCAUAAAGAGAAGACAGAUUUGUUGGAGUCCAAGAAGAUGCAUGAUCAGGAGGCGGAGAGUUUCAAAGAGUUGUCAUCAUCCAAAGAUGAAAUGGAACAUGAACAUGCAUUGGCUGUUGCAAUAGUUCAGACACCAGCGAGGAAGGGUAGGAAAAGAAAAGGAAAAAAGAAAAUAACUGGCUUGAGGAAUGCUGAUGAUACGGAGAAUUCUGAUAGAUCAGUCAUGGAAGCUGCGUCUUCUUUGAUCAUUGGUGAAGAUAACAAGUCUGAUCAGUUUUAUGGUGAUACAGGCUUCCAAGACAUCAGAUGUGAUAAUUCAACUAGUUGUAACAUUCCUUUGUCAAAUUCAAUUCCUUGUGGUUCUGCGAAUGGACCUCUUAAAAAUGAAGAUGCUACCAAAAGCAAUCCAGAGAAUGAUGGUAUUGGUUCUAGUGCCAAUUGCUGUCAUAAAAUUCCGAAAUGUGUGCAGUCUUUAAUUACUAAUUUGGAAAUCCAAACAAAAUCUUCAGGAUCAGAAACCGAAGCCUGUAAGGUAGAUGGGGAAAACUUGAUACAGUCUUCAAUGCCUGAGGUAGAUGAUAAAGUUUCCCAUCAGAAAGAUAUUGACUUGCAGGGCAAGCAUGCUGUUAAGUCUGGUGUGAAAGAAGUUUUGCCAGAGAAAGAAACAAAAGCUUUUGAUGUAAAGGAGGAAGCUGCUCUGUUGCAGGACCAAGAGAAUGGAAAUAAUGUAUAUCAUACUAGGACUCCAAGUUCUUUUGAAUGCCCUCCAUAUGAGUGGCCGGGUGUAGCUUGUGCCUAUUUUCCUCCUGUCAACUCGCAUCUCCCACCUGCCACUGAUCGGUUGCAUCUUGAAGUUGGUCAUAACUGGCAGAAUCACUGCCAGUCAUUUCUACCAACAAUACAUCAAGUCAGGCACUCGGCAAUUGAAGGUAGAUGUAAUCCAGUUCUGACUCGACCGUUGCCAAUGAGUAUAGAUUGGCCCCCAAUGGUUCGAAGUGCUCGUAGAGUGGCUCCGUACAGGACCUGUAAUUAUGAUUCUGGCUUUGUAUCAAAAAAGCAGUUUACUUUUCCACAAGGUUUUACACACACUGUCCAAAUAAAUGCAACAACCAUGGAUGAUGAAAGGAAGUAUUCUUGGGAUUGUGCAGACCUACCUGAUCCGACAAAGGCAUAUGAACUAGUGGAUGAAUGUGACAGCCACUGGAUAUCUGAGGAUGAAGUUGAGGUGCAAGCAUUUUCUGGAGCAGAUUAUAAUCAAUACUUUGGUGGUGGCGUGAUGUACUGGAAUCCUUCUGAUCAUACCGGGGCAGUUUUCUCUCGCCCUCCUUCCCUUAGUUCUGAUGAUAGCUCAUGGGCUUGGCGUGAGGCUGACAUAAAUAGAGCUGUUGAUGAUAUGGUUGCAUUUCCUUCUCCUUACAGUACAAAUGGUUUGACUUCACCUACUGCUUCCUUCUGUUCUCCUUUUGAUCCUUUGGGAUCAGGAAACCAGCCUCUUGGAUAUGUUAUGUCAGGAAAUGAAGUACCAGGCAAGGUGCUGCAUCCCUCAUCAACAAUGGGAGACACGGUUGUAGAUGAGGAAUCCUCUGGAUCUUUGGCUGAUGUAACUGGUGAUAUUGAAGAGAAGACAGGUGAUUCAUUGCCUUACCCCAUUUUGCGGCCAAUCAUCAUAUCAAGAUCAAGAGACUUUAAGCGUAGCCAUGAUCAUAAAAGCCCAUGUGUUCCUCCUACUAUGCGUGAUCGACCUCGGAUAAAGCGACCACCCUCACCGGUAGUGCUUUCUGUUCCACGGGCUCCACGACCACCUCCACCAUCUCCUGUGAGUGACUCAAGGAAACACAGGGGAUUUCCAACUGUUCGAUCUGGGAGCUCUAGCCCAAGGCACUGGGGUAUGAGAGGUUGGUUCCAUGAUGGAGCUAACUUGGACGAAGCUUGUUUAUGCAUGGAUGGUGCUGAAGUUGUUUGGCCCUUUAGAAAUAAUAAUAUUUCAGGCCGCCCAUUAAUUCAGCCUCUUCCUGCACCUCUGUUGCAAGAUCGACUCAUUGCUAUUUCUCAACUAGCACGUGAUCAAGAACAUCCAGAUGUUGCAUUUCCCCUUCAAACGCUUGAGUUGCAUAACUGUCCAACACGGAAGGCAUCUCUCUCUCUGAUGCACAGCCUUUUACAUGAUGAGAUUGAUUUUUUCUGCAAGAAGGUUGCUACAGAGAAUAUGGCUCGGAAGCCCUACAUCAAUUGGGCUGUCAAACGAGUCACACGGUCUCUCCAGGUGCUUUGGCCCAGAUCUAGGACAAAUAUAUUUGGUUCAGUUGCAAAUGGUUUGUCUCUUCCAACUAGUGAUGUGGACCUUGUGGUUUGUCUACCUCCUGUUAGGAAUUUGGAACCCAUUAAAGAAGCUGGGAUAUUGGAGGGCCGAAAUGGUAUUAAAGAGACAUGCCUCCAGCAUGCUGCCAGGUAUCUCGUCAAUCAGGAUUGGGUUAAAAAUGAUUCCCUGAAGACCGUGGAAAAUACAGCUAUUCCGAUUAUAAUGCUUGUGGUGGAAGUUCCCAACGAUCUAAUUGCCUCUUCUGCCUCUAAUGUGCAAUCACCAAAAGAAGAGGCACCUUGCGUUACUGGUGAACCAGACACUAAUGUGCACUCCAGUGUGGUUGUUUUAGAAGAACCUACUAUGCCCAAGUGUCCACAGAUAACUUAUGAUGCUACAAAGGAUUCAGUAUCAAUUCGCAUUGACAUAAGUUUCAAAUCUCCAUCUCAUACAGGGUUUCAAACUACACAGCUGGUUAAAGAUCUAACUGAGCAGUUUCCAGCCGCUACUCCCCUUGCAUUGGUAUUGAAACAGUUCUUGGCAGAUCGUAGUCUGGAUCAGUCUUAUUCUGGUGGCCUGAGUUCGUACUGUUUGGUACUACUAAUUGUGCGUUUUCUCCAGCAUGAGUAUCAUCUUGGCCGACCUCUCAACCAAAACUUUGGAAGUCUUCUGAUGAAUUUUCUUUAUUUUUUUGGGAAUGUUUUUGAUCCUCGGCAAAUGCGUAUUUCAGUACAGGGAAGUGGUGUUUAUAUAAAGAGGGAAAGAGGUUGCAGCAUCGACCCCAUACACAUUGAUGAUCCCCUAUUUCCAACUAAUAAUGUGGGACGCAAUUGCUUCCGGAUACAUCAGUGUAUCAAGGCAUUUUCAGAAGCUUAUGCCAUUUUGGAGACUGAGCUUGCUUCCCUUCCUAAUGAUGAUGAUGCUGAAUCAAGUCCUCCAUAUAGACUGCUUCCCAAAAUCAUCCCAAGUAUUGAUAUAUCAUAAGCAUGCUCUUUCGUAUGGAGGUCAUAUGUAGUGGAAGUUGAGAUGGGAGCUUGCCAGUUGCAUUGUGUACAUCUUUGAGUCUGGUUUAUACUUGCUCCAUUUAAGGACUUAAAGUUAAAGACAAGCCAAGUAAACUUUUUUAGAUUCGCUCAGAUAAAUAAAGUAAUGGGAAAGGGCACUUAUGUACUGUUCUCCGGGUUUGACAUCUCCACUAGCACAAUUGUGGCUGAAUCAGCUCUGGAACCAUUUAUUGGAGGCUGCGUAAAUGCUUAUGGAAUGGGAGAUUGAGCCAUAAUCUUUAUGUUCAAGAGCGGUAUGUUGCCUCACCAAGUCUUAGUACACUGUGAACUAAGUUCAUAUGGUUCUGCUACAGAAGUCGGUAAAGGAAAGCAAGGUUAGGUACAGUGAUGUAGUUAAAAAUGGAUGUAGUGUGGUAAAUCAAAAGCUCAAAUUUCUGCCAUCCUGUUACAAAAAGUGAAGUUCACAUUCAUAGUGGAAUUUAUUGCUCAAAUUACUACGUAGUGUUCUCAGAUUUUUUUUUCUUCACAUUCUACAGAAUGAUAGAGGAUGGUCUAAAUGUUGGCAGACAGCAGGUUCACAUCACUUUAUGGUUUUCAGAACCGUUCUUUGGAGGUCACAUAUUGAAUACCAUCCAUUUAGGGCUUUCUUCAUGAAAUAGUGUUGUAUACAUAUAUGUCAAUAUUAGGCUAAAUGCUGAUAAGAAAACGUUUUCUAUACUGUAAUGAAAACUUUAGAUUUGUGUAGCCAAGUCUGUUUCUCCAACAGUGUAGGUAGUUUAGUGGCCUGAUUAGAUUUUAAUGACGUGAUGAGGU